AUGUAUAAAUGAGGGUGCAGAGGGAGAAGAGGAAUCAGAGGCUGACCAGACCAGAUGAAGAUGGAGAUUGCCGGCAUUAACUGGGUGCUUGCAGCUGCAGGGUUUCUUCUGUGGACCAGCGGUGGCUCUGCUGCACCCAUGGAGUGCCACUUCAACUCCAGAGCACUGUGUGUGUUCGAGGGGAGACACUACUCACUGGGUGAAACCUGGAUGGACAACGCUUGUAUGCAGUGCACCUGUCUGCACCCUGUCGGUGUCGGUUGCUGUGAGACGGUGCAUCGGCCGGUGGAUUUCCCUGCGUGGUGUGAGGUGCGGGUGGAGCCGGUGUCCUGCAAAGUUUCUCUGGUGCAGGCAGCCGAUCCCCGCCUGCCCUGCUCCCCGGGUGAGGACUUCAAGGACCCCAGCCAUGGAUCUCUUCAGCUGCAGCAACAGCUGGAGGGGUAGAAAGCCACUAGACCGACGACUAAUCUGUUCGAUAUGUUUGCCAGUGAACCCAAUACUCACUACAGUUAAACCACAGUAACUACUAUUGUCAUAUACAUACUGUACAUAUAUAAAACAUUAACAGCAUGUGUACGUUUCUAUGUUGUAUUAUCAAUGAAGGAAAUGUUAGUGCUAUUUGUCUGUGAAAGUAUAUUUAAGUAAAACUGCAGUAUUUCCCAUCACAGAAUUGUAGGAAAGUGAACACCAAAUGAUGAACCAUGUAAACAAAUUUAGGAAAUUUAAAUCUUCUUUUUCAGAAUUAGUUUGAUAUUAGUUAUUAUAGUAAGCAGUUGGUCUGCCUAUGGCAGAUUAACUUUAUUCUAAUACAGAUUGUGUGGGGAGUUUUUCAUGCCAAAGAUUGUCUGUAAAGAAAAUUGUUUUUGGAGAAUUUUACAUCAAGCCAAAUGCCAUAUCUCUAAUUAAUCCAGUAAUGACUUGGUGUAAAUAUAAACAUAUACAUGCAUUAAUAUAUACAACAAAUUCUAUUGAAUUUU